AGGGCGGAACACUUACUGCACCGGCCGCAGUAGAGGAUCGCAAUAUUGAUAGCGAGAGAAGCGGAGACGCCACAGCGCUCGGAGGAACGUUUGGGAAAUUCUAUUUGGAUUUCAUUUGCAACGUGACGCGCACGUAUUGACCUCGGCACGGAUGCGUUCGCGUCUUUCUGGAUGAUACAGAGGGAACGCGACGCGAGUACCACACGUCGCGCCGAUUUCGAAGCGGAUACAAAUGUAUCUGUGAAUUUAACAUUGUAUCAUCGCGUAGAUUCAAACCGGGAUGCGCAGACGCGGGUCGCGUAGAGCAGAUGGAUGAGGAGGAAGAUUCAUCUCAUUAUUUGAAUGAAUAAUUACUGAUUUUAUACAGCUGGGAGGAACCCAAAGGCGCAAUGGUCAUAGUUCACGCAACAGCCCUGCUCGGGUUCGAACCCGCAUUCGCCGGGUCACCUGUGUGAGAACCCGCGCGCCACAGUCAUGCUGCCCGGGGUGGGUGUGUUCGGCACCAGUCUGACGGCCCGGGUCAUCAUCCCUCUGCUGAAGAGCGAGGGCUUCUCGGUGAAGGCGCUGUGGGGUCGCACGCAGGAGGAGGCGGAGGAGCUCGCGCGCGACAUGAACGUGCCCUUCUACACUAACCGGAUCGAUGACGUGCUGCUGCACUCGGAUGUGGAUCUGGUGUGCAUCAACCUCCCGCCGCCGCUCACCAAACAGAUCGCCGUUAAGACGCUGGGAAUUGGAAAAAACGUGAUCUGUGACCGGACGGCGACGCCGCUGGACGCCUUCCGGAUGAUGUCGGCGGCCCAGUACUACCCGAAGCUGCUGAGCAUCAUGGGUAACGUGCUACGCUUCCUCCCCGCCUUCGUCCGGAUGAAGGAGCUGCUGGAGGAGGGUUUCGUGGGUGAACUCCUGGUCUGCGAGGCGCAGGUUCACGGCGGGAGUCUCCUCGGGAAGAAGUACAACUGGAGCUGCGACGACCUGAUGGGGGGUGGCGGGCUGCACUCGGUCGGGAGCUACAUCAUCGACCUGCUCACGUUUCUAACGGGCCGGCGUGCGGCGAAGGUGCACGGCUUCCUCAAGACGUUCGUCAAGCAGACGGACCACAUCCACGGGAUCCGGCAGAUCACCAGCGACGACUUCUGCACCUUUCAGAUGGUGCUGGAAGGAGGCACUUGCUGCACGGUCACGCUCAAUUUUAACGUCCCGGGGGAGUUUCGGCAGGAGGUUGUGGUGGUCGGUACGUCUGGAAGGUUGACGGUUUGCGGGACUGAUUUGUACGGACAGAAGAAUGAUGGCAAAAGCGGUCAGGAGCUUCUCCUUAAGGACAACACACCUGUUGGAAACGCAUCCCUACCGGACAAAGCGUUCCGGGACAUCCCGUCUCCGUAUCUCACCGGCACCAUCUGCAUGGUUCAAGCCGUACGGCAGGCGUUUCAGGAUCAAGACGACCGGCGAACGUGGGACGGCAGGCCGCUGACGAUGGCCGCCACUUUUGAGGACUGUCUGUACGCUCUUUGCGUCGUGGACACGAUCAAGAAGUCCAAUCAGUGCGGCGAGUGGCAGAACAUCGAGGUGAUGACGGAGGAACCGGAAAUCAGUCCUGCGUACCUGAUCAGCGAGGCCAUGCGGCGCAGCCGGAUGUCUCUGUACUGCUAGCGCAGCGCGUGAGUGAAUGUGCAUGGAUGCAUACUGAGCUCGAUGCAUUUGGAAAACUGGAGAAGUUCAUGCAACUGAAGGAAACAUGCAUCUGUGUGCAUCAAGCAUGGAGUUUAAUGCGUUAAAACAUCAGCUGCAUCAGGAUUUUUUUGGUGUCAAGUAUGCAAUAAAUAUGCUUUCAGAUUGAAAACAACCACGGUGAAAUGCCUUUGUACUUGUGAUAUGUUUGUAGGACAUGCAAUCCGGUUUGCAGGAUAUUUUCAGCAUCGUCUAUCUGAAACGAUGCAGCAUCCGUCAGCACGUGUUUAAUGCAAACACACAUUCCUGCAUCGAACCAUGCCUGCAAACGCAUGAAAUCUCCACUCGCACUGCAAACUACUGGAUUCUGCUGUGUGUUAUGAGAUCGAUCUGGACACGAUCAGAUGUUUCUGCUUUGUUAAUACUGAUAUAUUUAAAAUCCCGAUGUUUGUACGUGUUUGACUGGUAUCUUGAUUGUCAUAGCUGUGGCUUUACGGUCCCUUGUUUUCCACCUGUAAGAUUUUGAAUUGUAAAUCUGCCAAAUAUGAAAAGGCAAACGUCACGUCAUGUUAACCGUCGGUGGUUCUCAACUGGUUUUGCUUCAGGAUCUGACAUUAUGUGCUGACCCAAAAUCUCCUUCAAAUCAAACGCUGAAAUGAUAUUAUAUGCCACAGGUCAAAAACUUUGAAUAUGCUUAUGUUUUAUGCUUAUAAGUAACUAUUAUUAAUAACUGGGCCAUAAUAACAAUAACAGAAUGAUUUCUGAAGAUCAUGUGACACUGGAGCUUGGAGUAAUGAUGCUGAAAAUUCAGCUUUGAUCAGGAAUAAAUUACAUUUUACUAUAUAUAUACUAUAUAUAGAAAACAGCGAUAUUAAAUUAUAAUAAUAAUUCACAAUAUUACUGGCUUUAGUCUAUUUUUGAUCAAAUAAAUGCAGUGUUGGUGAGCA